AUGUCUGAACAACAAAAACAAAGCAACAAACGAAAAGCACCCAAGAGAAAGGCUUCUCCAGAAGAAGAAGCAUCCCGCAAGGAGGAAGAACAAGAUGCCGUAGAAAAUAUCAAUGCGGAUACGGAACAGAAUGUGAUGGGAGAGAGUGAUGAUUUGAAUUUGGACUUUCCCGAAGAAGAUUUUCUCAAAGAAAUUGAAGAACAAUUUGAAUUGGUAUCGGAAAUGAAUGCAUCAUCAUCAACAGCAUCAUCAAAGAAAACAAAAAUUCCAAUCACGGAAGAAAAAGUUCCAGAGAAGGACGAAGAGUUAAUCAUUUCAUCUGAAAAUUCUCAGAAAUAUCAAAAAGUUCCAGUUUCAUUCCGAGUGAAUAUUGUGAGAAAGGUUUUAAAGAUUGUCAUUAUUUUGCACAAAAUACCAGAAAAGUUUGUGAGAAUUGAUGUUGAAGAUGGAGAAUUCACGGUCGAUACUCUGGUGAAUAAGGAAAAAGCAAAUGCACAAUUUUUGAAGAAUGGAAUUGUGAUGGUCACAUUACCAAUUGCCUCAAUUCCAAAGCAGACAUUUGAACAUCACAUUGAGCUCAUCAAGAAAAAACAAGAGGCAAAGAAGAUUAAAUUCCCUCAACCUAUUAAACAAAGCAUUUUGAGGAAUGCAGCGAUAAUGGAAAAGAAAAGAAAGAGAAGAGAGAAGCAAAAGGAAAAGAAACAAUUCAUUGAUAAUUCAAUGGAUUUAAAGAAGCCUAAAAAGAAGAAGAAAAAGGCCACUAAACCUGCAGAGACAGAGCAAACUGCUGUGAGCAAUGAAUAA